AGAGUGAAAUGACUCUUUGUUGAGGGGAGCAGGUGAUGCCCUGCCAAGAACAUGGAGUUGGUGACGAAGGGUCCCAUGUAGAGAGGAGGGGAGAUGAGUUUUUGUAGUGGGGGUCGGUUGAUGAGAGGAGGGACAUCAGGGCUUGUCCAUCUGGAGACAGGCCUGUAAUAAAACCACACAUCAAGAUCACCAUUGUUGCAAGAAAUGAGAUUCUCUGCAACUGGAACUGGAACUCCGCCAUUGUUGAGCUCUGAAACAAGCUGGAGAGGACAGACAAUAAAAAUGGCUUCUUGUGAAGGUAAUGUGCUUGAAACUCACAGAAAUAAUGGUGUUCUGUGACACAGAAAUGACAUUUUUAUCUUUUUAGGAGGAGGAGGAGGAGGAGGAGCUCCGCCGCGGCGGUGGCGGAGGGGGGGAGGGUCAAAGUGGAGGGGUGAUGAUUUUCUUGAGCUUCUCAAAGUGUCAAAGAGCAGCAAAAGCAGGCAGCGGUUUGGACUUUGAUCGGUUCUGAAAGCUUCUGAGAUUUUCUCUCCGUACAAAAAUUUCAAUCAGUUUUCGUCUGAAAUUCUGUGAAGCAUUUCUGCAUCGGAAGUCGAUUCAAGGAUGAAGGGGCGGGGCAAGAGCAGGCACAAUCAGCAACCAGUGAACUCGUGGAGGCGCGUGAUGAUGGUGCGGAAGUGGCUCAAGCUAGCGGCUACCGAUUCCGAUUACUCCGCCGACAGCGAUUCCUGUUCCGGCUCCGAUUCCGAGCCAGAGAAAGAUUUUUGCCAUUGGCCGAAUAAAUCAGAGUUGAGGAACGAUGAUCCAGAUCAAACGCAGGUUAAUGCGAAUGAGGCUCUUCCCAGAUUAAGACGACGAAAAUCAGAGACAUUUAGAGCUCAAUACAUAAACAACAAGGAAAUCAGGGUAUGUGCAACCACGUGGAAUGUUGGGGGAAUUUCUCCUCCAGAUGACAUAGAUCUCGAUAGUUUGCUGGACAUUACUGAACCUGCUGAUGUAUAUGUAAUCGGCCUUCAGGAGAUCAUCCCUUUAAAUGCUGGUCACAUAUUCGGCGCCGAAGACAGCCGGCCUGUUUCAAAGUGGGAAAACGUAAUCCGCGAAGCUCUUAACCGUGUUCCUCCAGCAACUAAGUUCAAGAGCUUCAGCAAUCCUCCUUCACCAUCAAGAUUCAAGCCAUCAGAAGAUGCACCCGUCAUCGAAGAUGAAAUUGUGCUCGAAUCCGAUAGUGAUGUCGCCGAGGAAAUCUUUCCACUUAAUGAUGAUGACUUGAAUGAUCUUCAUGAGACCAACAACAACAACAACGACUUCUUCAAGCCAGUGGAUCACCAAUCCAUCCAAUCUCCUCUGAAGAAGCUGAACAGAUCAAACUGCUUAAGAAUCGAUGAUCCUUCUGAAACCAUGGAAGCCUCCAAUGGCCAAUACACGAAGAAGUUAACCAAAACACUUAGCGGCACAGAAAGGAUGGGACUAUGCUGGCCCGAACGACCCCUUCAUCUUCUUCCUCAGCAGGUUUUGGAGAAACCUAAUCCCUCUUUCAAUGCUUCCAAGUCUUUCGGCUCGUGCAGCUCAUAUAAAUCGAAAACCGAUGCACCCCUGCUCUCUGAUCUCGACCUCGAAUCAGUUAUAUACCGGAGGAGAAGACCGUCAUAUGUUAAGAUAGUCAGCAAGCAGAUGGUUGGAAUUCUUAUAAUGAUAUGGGUUCGAAGGAGCCUCCGAAAGCAUAUACAAAACUUGAAUGUGUCCACAGUCGGCGUCGGCAUCAUGGGCUAUAUCGGCAACAAGGGGUCAGUGGCAGUUAGCAUGUCGAUACACCAGACGCUCUGCUGCUUUAUUUGCACUCAUCUGACGGCAGGCGAAAGGGACAGCGACGCAGUCAAGAGAAACGCCGAUGUGCAUGAGAUCCAUAAACGGACUCGUUUCAAUCAACUCUCUUCUAUAGGUCUUCCUAGGCGUAUAUAUGAUCACGAGAGAAUCAUCUGGCUCGGGGACCUGAAUUAUCGAAUCAAUUUGUCUUAUGAGCAGACAAUAGAGCUGAUCUAUAAACGGGAAUGGUCCAAGUUAGUCGAGAAGGAUCAGCUUAUGAGAGAGUUGAAGAAAGAUCAUGUCUUUGAUGGAUGGUCGGAAGGUACAUUGUCCUUCGCCCCGACUUACAAAUAUCAUCUGAAUUCCGAGGCUUACUUCGGAGUGGAUCCGAAAUUGGGGAGGAGAACGCCGGCAUGGUGUGAUAGAAUACUGUCAUUCGGUGGAGGGAUGAGGCUGGUGAGGUACAAGAGAUCGGAAGUGAAGCUGUCAGAUCACCGGCCGGUGACAGCGAGUUACAUGGUGGAAGUGGAAGUGUUUUCUCCGAAGAAGCUGCAACGGGCGCUGACAUUCACGGAUGCAGAAGUCGAAGCACAGGACAUCGGCACUAAUGGAAUCGGGCAUCAGCAGCAGCAGGUGUUGUAUAUUGGGAGCGUUGAGGAAGAAGUGGUAAAUGGAUGAUCUGAUCUGAUCUGAUGGGAGCUAACAGGGCUGUCGUAUUCUUAAUCGAUGGUAAAUGGUAAUGUUAACAUCCCUCCCAUCACCACCCUUGUUCUCAUUCUUCUCCUUUCUUUGUGUUGUGUUGUCUUGUAUAUAUGGUUUGGUUGGUUGGUUGGUUGGUUGGUUUAUUGAGUGAGUCACUCGGAGAAGAGAAUAGAUAUGCUUGGAGCCAUAACCGUAAGUUUGUUUUGUGAGUUAGUGAAUGUUUUUUUGAGUGAGUUCCUUUGAUCAAAAUAAUAUUUAAUGGAAUAUUAUGCCAAUCAUCACUUGUUUUUUCGAAAACCUAAAA